AUGGAGUCAUGGAGCAGACUGUUGUCUCUGGCGGUACUGCUGCUGAUGGCUGCCGGGAAAGUAGAAUCCCAGCUGAGGCCUGACUUCUACGCCUCGACCUGUCCCGACGUUGAGUCCAUAGUGAGAGAGGAGGUGCGGAAGAAGUUCGUCCAGACCUUUGUCACCGUCCCGGCCACGCUCAGACUCUUCUUCCACGACUGCUUCGUCGAGGUACGCUUCGAUCAUCUACACAUCCCGUAGCACAUCGUUGCCACUGGGGUGCAGACCCACGAAGAUCGUAGAUACAUUUUCUUUGUGUGUGUGUGUCUGUGUGUGUGUCAGAGAGAGAGAGAUGGAGAGGGAGAGAAAAGAGAGAGAGAAGAGAGAGAGAGAGAGAGAGAGAGAGAGAGAGAGAGAGAGAGAGAGAGAGAGAGAGAGAGAGAGCUCUUACGAGUUCAACAACCCUUACGAGUAAACGUCGGAAGGUCUGAUCCCACAACCGUGAGGUUGAUUGAUCCAGAUGUCGACAAUUCGGCUCAUCCAACACGAAGAGUUCCUCAUCUGAAAUCACAUCGACGGUGAAAAAUCUCGCAGGGAUGCGACGCUUCGGUGAUAAUCGCCUCGCCAAACGGCGACGCCGAAAAGGACGCCGAUGAGAACAUCUCCCUCGCCGGAGACGGGUUCGACACAGUCGUCAAGGCCAAGACCGCCGUGGAGAGCAGAUGCCCCGGCGUAGUCUCCUGCGCUGACAUUCUCGCCCUCGCCACCAGAGACGUCGUCGUCCUCGUAAGCCGCCUCCUCCUUCCCUGCUCAUCAUCCUCCACACUCAGACCCGGGACUCGAUUCGAUUUCCGUAAUGUUUUUCCUUUUUCCAACUGGGAACCAGACCGGAGGGCCGUCGUUCGCCGUGGAAUUAGGUCGCUUGGACGGCCUGAUCUCGCAGAGAUCGCGGGUAGCAGGAAAGCUCCCCAAACCAGACCAAAGCCUCGAUGAGCUCAACGCAAUCUUCAAGCAGAAUAACCUCACUGAAACCGACGUGAUCAUCCUCUCCGGCGCUCACACCCUUGGCUUCGCCCACUGCGGGACCUUCUCCGACCGCCUCUACUCCAACCCUGAUCCCACGCUCAACGCCGACUUUGCCCGGCAACUGCAGGACGAUUGCCCACGCAACGUAGACCCGCUGGUGGCCAUCAACCUUGAUGUCAACACCCCGAGGACUUUCGACAAUGUCUUCUACAGCAACCUGGUCGAGGGAAAGGGGCUGCUAAGGUCUGACCAGGUGCUGUUCUCAGACCCACGGUCCCGGAGCAAGGUGGUGGAGUUCGCCGGCGACGCCGCCGGGUUCGGCGCCGCCUUCGCCGACGCGAUGGUCCGCCUGGGAAGGGUGGGGGUGAAGACUGGCGGCGACGGCGAGAUACGGCGGGACUGCACCGCUUUCAACUGA